AUGCAGAGCAACGGAGACGUAUCCAGGUCGUCGUCGGCACCCGUGGCCUACAUCACCGGCGGAGCCAGCGGGAUGGGCCUGGCCGUGGCGCAAGAACUGAGCGCCCAAGGCUGGAACCUGACCAUCGUCGACCUGAACCAGGCGUCGAUAUCCUCGGCCCAGCAGCACCUUGACGCCGCGCGGACCCUCUUCGUCAACGCCGACGUGACCGACUAUGAAGCCCAAGGCCGCGCCUUCCUGGCCACGUGGGACAAAUGGAAGCGGCUCGACCUCGUGUUCGCGAACGCCGGCAUAGGCGACCGGAUGAACUUCUACGCGCCGGCCACGACAUGCCACCCAAACCUGCCCGGGAUCCCUGCGAAGCCGAACGAGCUGGUCAUCGACAUCUGCCUGAACGCCAUGGUGUAUAGCGCGUAUCUGGGCCUACAUUUCUUCCGGCAGAAUCCGUCAAAGGGAGGCAAGAUUGUCUUUACGUCGUCCAUGUGCGGGCUGUACCCCGGCGACAACAUCCCCCUGUACACGGCGGCGAAACAUGGCAUUGUGGGACUGACGCGCGCCAUGGCCCGACGGUUGAGCAUGCUCGGCGAACCCAUCACCGUCAAUUGUAUCUGUCCCGGGCUCGUCGACACCGGGUUGACGCCCGCGCUGAUGGCCGUCGCGCCGCCGGAAUACGUGACGCCCAAAGCGACCAUCGUGCGGGCCGUCAUGGGGUUUGUCAAGGGCGACGAUGCCGCGUCGGGCCAAGUCGCCGAGUGUAGUGUCGACAAGAUCCAUUACAGGGAGCAGCCUGCCUGGGGAGACGAGGCGGCCGAGUGGAUCAUGACGAACAAGCUGGAGGCCGAGAUGAAGAGGAGGGGUAUGAAGGUGUGA